AUGCAGGAGUUUGUUAAUUUGAUAAGUUCAAGUCCGGAGCCAGAGCUUCCAAAGGCUCGCACCAAAGCCGCACCUAUAGUUACCUCCAAAGUCCAUCUCAAAGACACGUCGCAAAAUAUUCUCAAGCCACCCACAGUGCAGCUCUUCGACUAUAGUUUUGCCAAUUUCAAAAAUUCGAUAGGUACCAGAACAGUGAAGGCCCCGCCCCCACGGGACCCGUCUACCAAACCCAAACCUUCUAAGACAAUCCAACUCGACGAUGGCAAUUCAAUUCAACUGUGGUCUGAUGAAUUUGAUACGACACUUGGCUCCGUAGUUAAUAGCACAUCUGCGAAGCAGAAUACUGGAUUCUCGAAGCAGUGCAAAGGGGAUAACGCUCCCAUCGAAAUAACAGAUUCAGAUGAUCCAUUUACCUCCCCACCACCUGCGAAACGACGGAAAGCAUCGCCAUUGAAAGACAAAGUUCCUAGGGCUGCAGGUGGAUACAAGCGCACUGUUUCUAACAUUGAGUCCGUUCAAACGAGUAAAGCAAGAUCAUCCAAAUACGGUUUAAAUAGGUCGAAGUCUAUGGGUGCAGAUCCCUUACUGUUUACAAGCUCGCCAGAUGUGUCUGCCGUAAGCUCAAGGCAUGGAAAAGCAAAGGAUUUGUACAGUCGAUAUGAUGAUGAUGAAGAUACGGUGGGAAUACCACGGAAGAAAGCAAGCAAGCCAGACCCUCUGGAGCUCGAAGAUUCAGAUGAAUUUCCAUCCAUAGAGAAUUUGAAAUCCUGGAAUCUGCCACCAAAAGAUGCGAAAAUAUCUGAUGAGCCGACGGCACAUUAUUAUGACGACGAUUCAACUCCUGAGAAGAAGAGGCGAGGGAAGGUUGGCAAGUCCAAAGAGAAGGCUUUGAGUGCAACAGAAAAAAAGUCAGCAAAAGAUGCUGAAAAGGAGCAAAAGCGUAUCGACAAAGAGUAUGCUAAGGCUGAAAAGGAGCGAGAGAAGGAAAAGGCAAAGGAUUUGGCUAAAGUCAACAUCGAUCGUACCAAGCCCGAAAUUUCGACCCCAGAAAUGAUCGUCGAUUUACCUUCAUGCAUCCAGGAUAAAAGUAAUAUGGCAUUGAGAGCUCGAAUCGACAUUUUACUUAAAGAACUAAAUGUUCAGCAGUCCCAGUGGGAGAAUUCAGACCUGGUCAUUAAGUGGCGUCGAAAGGUCAUUUCGGAAUACAACGAAGAGAGUGACAUCUGGGAACCCAAAGCACAGCAAAUUAAAAAUGAAAAGCACAUUCUGUGUAUUUUAUCAGCCAAGAAGUUCGUUGAUAUGUCUUUAGGGAGAGGGGAUAUGGAUUUAGAGACUCAUGUUUCUAUUCUCAAAUCACACUUCGAGUCUUGCAAUGUUCUAUAUCUCAUCGAGGGACUCACAGCAUGGCAAAAUAAAAAUCGGAACAUUAAAGACCGGCAAUACAAAGCCGCUGUCAGAAGUCGAAUUCCAGAAGACGAAGCAGCUGGUGCUAGCAGUAGUCAGAGGCGAAAAGUGCCACAAGCUGAUGAAUACAUUGAGAAUGCAGAUAGUGCAAUUGAGGACUCUUUGCUCAAUUUGGAAGUUCUCCAUAAAGUAAAGUAUUGGCUUACGAGCAAUGCACAAGAUAGCGCAAAAUGGGUUUCACAGUUUACCAAGCACAUUUCUACGAUUCCAUAUCUAGCUCAACGCGAAGCUCUCGGUUUGAAUUUUUGUAUGGCAGGUGGUCAGUUCAAAUCCGGGAAAGAUGCAACGGAUACGUAUAUUAAAAUGUUGGAGGAAAUACACCAUGUUACGGAGAAGAUGGCGGAAGGUAUAGCAGCAGAAUACCCCACACCUCAAGCGUUGUUAAAGGGAUUUAAAGAAAAUGGUCCGUUGGCAUUGGAAGGGUGUCGAAAAUUGGCAAAUAAGAAUGGUGCACUUACGGAUACGAGACUUGGGAAGGCUAUUAGUAGGAGGGUGUAUAAGGUUUUUAUGGAAAUUGAUCCAGACAGUUUUGAUAUAUAG